AAUAAAAAUAAAAUAAAAUGGAAGAACAACUGGAAUAAAAAUUAUUAUUCGUGUUUGAUAAUGUGAUGUUCUCUUCCUUGAAGAUCUUUGCGCGUCACUGAUGUUUCUUCUCUCCUUCUUCAAUCAUUCAUCCUUAAAUCUAUUUUUUCUAUCUUUCAAAUAUUAAUCUUCAGAUGUUUUUUUGACUCAUAGAGAUUUUUUUUUUUCUAUCAAAUUACUCUGUUUUUGAGAUCUCUGUUUCAACAGGCUUGGGAGAAUCAUGUCUUUGAGAUCAGAAUCUUCCAAGGCAGAAAAGUUAACAGAGGAUCCAGUUACGUACAAGACGGCACAGAGCAGCGUGACGUGCAUCUACCAAGCACACAUGGUUGGAUUCUGGAGAAACGUUAGGGUUCUAUGGUCUAAAAAUCUUAUGAACCAUUCCUUAACCGUGAUGGUCACUAGCGUACAAGGGGAUAUGAAUUACUGUUGCAAGGUUGAUCUUAAGCCAUGGCACUUUUGGAACAAGAAAGGAUACAAAUCGUUUGAGGUUGAAGGAAACCAAGUAGAUGUGUAUUGGGAUUUUAGGUCUGCUAAAUUCAACGGCGGGCCUGAGCCGAGCUCGGAUUUUUACGUGGCUCUUGUAUCGGAGGAGGAGGUUGUUUUAUUGUUGGGUGAUCACAAGAAGAAAGCUUUUAAGAGAACUAAAUCAAGACCUGCCUUGGUUGACGCUGCCUUGUUCUACAAGAAAGAGAAUGUGUUUGGUAAGAAGAGCUUUUCGACUAGGGCGAAGUUCAAUGAUAGGAAGAAAGAGCAUGAGAUCGUAGUGGAGAGCUCGACCGGGGAGAAGGAUCCUGAGAUGUGGAUUAGCGUAGAUGGUAUCAUUUUGGUUCAGGUGAGAAAUCUGCAGUGGAAAUUUAGGGGGAAUCAAACGGUUUUGGUGGAUAAAGAACCUGUUCAAGUGUUUUGGGAUGUGUAUGAUUGGUUCUUCAGCACGCCCGGUACAGGUCACGGCUUGUUCAUCUUUAAACCAGAGAACGGUGAGAGUGACGCGAGCGAUGGAGGAACCAAGGAUAGUAGUUCUUCUUCUUCUUCUUCGUCUGAGUUUUGUCUCUUCCUUUAUGCUUGGAAAUUGGAGUAAGUCUAAAAUGUUUUCAAACCAAAGCUUGCAUUCUUUUUGUUGCCUGACUGUAAGUUCACAUUCAACAUCAAUCUUAGCGUGUGACCCACUCUUGAUAAUUUGACUAGUUCAAAUUUACCAAGACGUGAAAAAGGGUUCGUUUUCAAAGACAGGCUGUUUCUCCCACUAUUCAUUAGUGCAAUGUGCGUGUGUGUGUGUGUAACACUGACCAAGACCUUUUGAUUCUUAGCCAACUCAGCAGACGAUCUCAUGAAGAUGGAAUUAUUGUAUGAUUGCUUGCUUGAAUUUAGAAUCCUCUGGUGUAAACACAAGUUCUUGUCAAUCUCAAGAUUGUUGACAUGUUUUAUCUGAGAAAUUGCAGUCUAUUACUACUUGAAUGAUGCCCAACACAGUACGAUGUACGCUGACUCGCUGAGAAAUUAUAAAAUAAAUCCGAUAAGCAAACAUUACCAUAAAUGUAAUGAAGACUUUGCCUGCUCUAGCCGCACAACAUUUCAGGUACACUUAUCUCUCUACAUCAAAGAAAAGCUCUGUUGAUCCCUCAAACAUGUGACGUCUAGCUUGUAUGCUUGACCCUAUCUAUGUGGCUUGUAUGUCCUUCUAUCUUCUUAGUAUUAGUUUAUGUUGUCGUACUUUAUGUUUGUAUCCUUAUUGUCAUGUUGGGAUGAUGUGGUUUGCUAGGAACCUAUUCAUAUUUGCUUUGAUA